UCGGCUCGGGCCAUGGAGCCGCCGCGCCGCUUGGCGCUGGAGCUGCCGGGCUGCGCGCUGGCGCACUUCGCGGUGGGCGGCCCCGACCCGGGCUUGCGCCCCGAGCCCCGCGCGGCCGCGCUCCUGGGCCCCGGCGGCCGCGGCUUCCUGCUGUGCGCGGGGCUGGCGCCGGGCGGGGGCUGCGCGGCCCGGGUGCGCGCGGCGCGGCUGCUCCAGCGGCUGCUGCUCGGGCUGCGCCGGGGCCCCCUGCGGGACUGCCCGCUGCGCCCGCUGCUGUGCUACGGCCCCGGCGGCGGCGCGGACGGCGUGCAGCGCGGCUUCCUGCUGCUCGACCCCGGCCCCGGCCCCGGCCCCGGCACGCGGCGCGCGCUCUGCGCCCUGCUGGGCGAGGCCCCGGGGGGCCCGCGGCUCGGCGAGUUGGUGGGCGACGCGCGCCGGCAGGUGUGGCAGCGCCUGUGGGAGCCGCGCGGCGGCGAGGGGUGGCGGCAGGUGGGCCCCUGCGCGCGCGUCGUGUCGGUGCCCGAGCCCGCCCUGCACCCGGUGCUGCCCGACCUGCCCGGCUCCGCCGUCUUCCCGCACCGCCGGGCCGCCCGCGCCGUUUUGGAGGCGUGUGUCCCCUUCAUUCCUGAAGCUCAAGCAGUGCUCGACCUGGUUGACCAGUGCCCGGAGCAGGUCCAGAAGGGGAAGUUCCCGGUCAUUGUCAUCGAAGGACUGGAUGCCACUGGUAAAACCACUGUGACCCAGUCCGUUUCAGACUCCCUCAAGGCUGCCCUCUUAAAGUCGCCGCCCGCUUGCAUUAGCCAGUGGAGGAAGAUCUUUGAUGAUGAACCAACUAUUAUUAGAAGAGCUUUUUACUCUUUGGGCAAUUAUAUCGUAGCUUCUGAAAUAGCUAAAGAAUCUACCAAAUCUCCCGUGAUUGUAGACAGGUACUGGCACAGCACGGCCACCUACGCCAUCGCCACCGAGGUGACGGGGGGGCUCCAGCACCUGCCCCCGGCCCAUCAUUCUAUAUACCAGUGGCCCAGGGACCUGCUCAAACCCGACCUGGUUCUGCUGCUCACAGUGAGUCCCGAGGAGAGGAUGCGUAGGAUUCAGGGCCGGGGCAUGGAGAGGACCAGAGAAGAAACUGAACUGGAGGCCAACAGCAUCUUCCGUCAGAAGGUAGAAAUGUCCUAUCAGCGGAUGGAGAACCCUGGUUGCCUCGUGGUGGAUGCCAGCCCCUCCAGAGAGGAAGUCCUCCAGAUGGUUUUAAGCAUAAUCCAAAAUAAUUGCAAUUAAUUGUAAUUACUCCAAAACGUAAUUAUACAUUUUGCUGGAUUUGAUGUUGGUGGAUACAUCCAGGCCCACGACGGGUUACACGGUCUUCCCAGAUGGCUGUUGCGUACACAUGGUGUGCACUAGAAGAUUGGAGACCGGGCAUCUCAAUUUUACUUGAAUGACCGUCCUCCCUUCUGACCAAGGGACCCAUCAAGGCUGAGACUGUCGCAUUCCAGCCAGGGAUCAGCGAUUGCUUCCUUCCACUGUAACAUUUUCCUGGGGAUUCCUACGAAAUCCCUCCAAGUUUUGUCUCAUCCAGAAAGGAUGUACCAGGACGUACACGGAAGUGACCAGGAAGAUGUUCCAAGUCAGCGGGAGCCCCGUCAGCCUCUCCCGUGCCUACACCUGGGUCCCUAAUGAGAUCUCCAUGUGACACAGUUUCCUUCUUCCCAAUAUGAUCACACUCCAUCCCUGGGGGCUCAGCCCUGAUCCUAGAGCCACGUGCUCCGGAAGAAAAGGUCCCUGUGUCCUGGCUGCCUGGGGACACGCCCACAGAGCCAUCUUCGAGUAGGUGGCACUUACAAAGAAGACAUAUGACUUGUGCCCUCCGACCCCUGAGACGGUCCUCUUGGUUAGCACUUCAGAGUCAAAUGUAGAAACUGCCAACCUGAGAUGCUCUACCUACAAAAAUAUACUAACCUUCUUUGAA